UUAAAUACCAGUUUGCAUUGAGCGCUAUACCUCUCCUAACAACCAUUUUUUUUUCUCUCUCUCUUUCCCAUUUCUUAUCUCGUCCAAAUGUUUCACAGACGGAAACCGUGGCCAUAAAAGAGAAGAAGAGAAAAAAAAUAUAGAAUGUUAGUCGUCAAGACAAAAUGUGACGUUGAUAUUCGCAAGUUCAGCGGAAACAACGAAUGAUUAUUCGUAAGACACCGAAGAGAGAAAUAACCAACAGUGGAAGCCAAUUUAUAGCUAUUGCCACAGGAGAAAACAUUGAUUGACACAUCUCAACAUGGCGACAUCUUUCCUGGGUCCGGAAUCUCCAAGGCCCCUUUCCGUUGUGUCCGAGGGAUACCAAACUCGCUUCCGAAUCCCCAAAUAUGAGGAGAAGUACCAUUUUGGUAAAAGUUAUGAAGACAAAAUGUUCGAUCUCAUUCACAAGUACUUGGAACUCGGGACUACCGACCGCUUCUGUUACAUCGGCGACGUCAAAGGCAGUCUAGUGGAAAGGAUAGCGGACAAGUUCUGUCUCCUGGAACCGGUCAUGUCCGUGAUUCCCGGACACUUUAGUUACGUGCAAACAGACACCGAAAAACUUCUAUCCGUCCGCGUCGCUCACACAGGUGCGGAAGAAUAUUUCAAGCAACUGGCAACUAGCAAAGAAAAAGUGAAGACGGUCUUUGAUAAAAUCAUCCUGAAAGAUGGAGUUCGUUACCUUCAAAACCCAAAAGAAUGUUAUGAGUACGUGAUGAAAUGUGUGGAUAAAUCCGGGAAACUUCUCAUUAUUCAUCGCCCGGGAAAUUUGAAUUCGCUGCCGAUUUUCCAAGAUGCAAAAGAACGAUUGGAAGAAGUAGAGACACCGUAUAUGGAUAUUAUCAAAGAUCUACAAGACUGCAAAUUUGACGUGCAAUGGGAGAUCGAGUGCCUUCCGAUUCUUCUACCGAAGAGGAAAUGGUUUUCCAUGUUACAGGAAAAGUUCCCGCCACAAAUGGAAAUUCUGAGUGAUUCUGAGAUCAUAUCCGGUUGUCGCGAACUAACAGAAGGGGUUAUGAAAUACGAGGGUGAACUUGUGGAAUUUCAGGAUAGGCUUCUAUUUAUAACAGUCUCGCAUUCGGCCCUGGAGGACGGGUUUCCUAAACUUCAUAGACACGGUAGAAGCGAUACAGGAACUUUUCCUAAUCUGAAAGACCUCAAACUCAAAAUGUCGGUGACCCCAGAAAUUAAAACGCUCCUAAGACCGACCAAAAAAACAGAAGAUAAAGGAAAAUUUCCCUGGCAAUAGCUUUUGUUUGUUUCUCAGUAUAAAUUUAAUGUAAAUUUGCUACUUGCUUGCAAUAGUUAUCAUUUUUAAAAGGAACUAGUUCUAUGGAUAUAUAUUAUAAUUUUUGUAGCUCCUUCAGUAUGCUUUGAAUUUGUUCACUGAUAGUGCUUUUUUAAAUAUGACGAUUUUUACAAAUGUUUGAGAACCAGUUUAGAUUCUAUAUAAACUUUUUUCCAACAUUGCGAGGUAAAUGAAAAUCGAUUUUAUAUAUCUAUUCAAAACAAAAAUGUUUGAUGACGCAUUUAUCAUGGACUGUAGACGCUCUUAUAUAAAAAAAAAAAUCAUUUUGUGAAUAUUUACUCAAGAGAAAAAAAAUCAAUAAAAAAAGGGCGAAAACAA